AUGGAGAUCCUCCGCGAAGCACCCAAGCCAUCCUCCUUCGUCCCCCUCAUCGAGCAUCAGUCCAGCACUCCCGCCUCGUUCUAUACCGGCCCGCCCGUCCUGCACUACUACAGUGACCGGAGCAAGUUGAUCGUGCUAGAGCAUGAAGCCCACUCAAUCCCGGCAUUAGCACCCCUCCUCGAGGCAUCGGCGCAGCAACCAGAUUCUCAUCCUCAACCUCAAACCGAGACAACAAACGGCACGUCCGACGCCAACGCGACAGGGACAGCGUCACAAAGAGUCAUCACCGAGCUCGACGUCUACGUCACCUCGGACAAGCUCCUCCUGUAUCAACCCGCAGCGAACGUCGGUCUCGCGAUACCGUACCCCUCCAUUUCACUACACGCGAUCCAAUCCCUCCCCUCCCCAGCCCCGGGCGAACAACAGGGCCUGUACAUGCAAGUUCUCUCCAAGACCCCUGAUGAAGCAGGCGAAGACGAAGACGGAGACCCAGAAAGCAUAUCCAUGACGGUUAUUCCCACGGCGUCCGCGCCCCCGCAAGUCACCUCCACCGCGUCGGGGACGACAGAGACGGGCCUGGAAGGCGAGGACGAGAAGGAACAGACGCCCGUGCUGGCCAUGUUCAACGCCCUCUCCGCCUGCUCCAAUCUUCACCCGGACCCAGUGGAAGCCGACGAGGAUGAUGGUGCAGACGCAGGCGGAAGUCGACUGUUCAGAGCGGGUCUCGCGUUCCCGGGCGCAAGCGAUGGUGGAUUGCCGCCCGCGAUGCCGGGCAGUGGAGGGUGGAUCACCGCGGAGAACAUGCACGAAUUUUUCGACGAGGAAGGAAACUGGAUUGGAGGCGAAGACGAGGAGGAGACGGACGGGAAUGGGGAGGGGGAAACGGCUGGUGAAGAUAGUAACUCUCUGGGCCCUGGCGCUGGCACGGUCCGACCUCGAGACGAUGACCAGCAAGGGAAUGGAGCUGACGACGACACGAAAUGGAGACGGACAGACUAA